AUGUCUGUCUUCUUGAGUACGAAAUUGAAAGACUCACCUGGAGUAAUCAAAAUACUCGAAUGGCAUUCUAGUGUUUCAGUUUUUGCAGUUGCAUUACAAACACGCAAGGAAUGUGGUGAAGUCACUGUUUCAAGCUUACAAGAUUGGAAAUGUGAGGACACAAGCAUAGUAAGACCUUUCACAGUUACAUGUUUAUCUUGGCAUCCUUUUGAAGAGACAUUAUUGAUCGGAUGGGACAAUGGCUGUAUGACUGUUUUCAAUGCGUCAGAACGUAAUACAUUUGACAUAAGUCAUAAAGUAGAAGCGUCAGUGACGUCUUUAGUUUGGUCUUCGGAUGUUUGCAUAUUUGAAUAUGCUAGAGGUGGUGAUUUUGAACAGAAAAAUAUCAGUGUUUCCAAUGUUAACUCAAAUAUUUCAUGUGCAGUAUCAAUUCCUAAGCAGAAAUCGCUCUCAAGUCUGUCAUGUGAGGAUGUCCAGCCAGCAGAAUCAGCUUUCAGUCAAGAUAAUGGGGUUUUUGAAUCUGAACGUUAUAAAGUUUUGGAUGAAUCCAAACGCAAUACACAGUUUCUUAGUUUUGAACUAUUUGUAGUUGGAUGUAGUGAUGGGCGUGUAGUCAGCAUUAUAUAUGAUAGUCGGAAUACAAGCGAAAUGAAUAAUUCAAGCAAUGUAGCGUGCUGUGAAGGAAGCGUUCUGAAUAUGCUUUCUCAUAAAAGAAAACGAAUUCUUCUGGUCAUCACCGACAAAGGUUUGCUGUAUCACUAUCAUAUCACAUUCGGCAAUGUUCUUUCCCUGAAGGAAAUGGCAAAGAUGAAAUUAGCUUCAACACUGUGCUCUCAACCUUCAAUUACAUGGGCAGGUGAUACAACUCUUGCUAUGGGUUUGGGAGAACCUGUUGUUCGGCUAUGGGAUGUCGAGCGGGCUGAUAACUAUACGUUAAAUCCGAAUCUAUCUAGUCUGGAGAACUCAAAAACUGAUGUGAAGGUUUUGCAUCUAGCAUAUUCGGAAACCUGUCGCGUUUUGGCUGCAGGUCUGAACAAUGGAGUGAUUGCAUUUUGGCAAUAUGGUACAGAGUUGGAAUCAGUUAACGACGUUACUCGUCUUUUGACCCAAGGUUGCAACAGUUUUUUAGAUAACUGCGCAACUCACAGUCUCAAAAACAGCAUGAUAGAAAGUAGACCGGAAACUAAUUGGCAUCCACAACCGAGUGCUACUUGGAAAGAUCAGCAGGAUGAAGCAAUUCCCUCUGUAUCCCCUGAGUUGAACCAUCAUAUAUUAUUAAUUACUUGGGGUGAUAAACAAGAGAAGUUAUCUGUUGUUGUCUUGCUGCACCAGUCAAUUGAUAAUGCAGGUUAUGGUCACGGUAUGCAAGCCAAAUCUUCUUUAUAUAUUCUUCAAAGGCAGUCUUUACACACACAUUUCUAUGGAAAUGGGUGCGUUGUUGUACAAACUGGUCCACGCUCGUUUUCGAUGCUCACUACAGUGCCUGAUACAAAGACAUCAGCAAGUAUAAAUAUAUCUCAUUUAAACGUGUUGAACGAUUUACCUACAACAAAUGGGAAUAAAGAAAGUAAAAAAGAAGGUGUAAUUAUUUCCAAGGACGCUAAUUCCAUAAAUUUUCCUGGCUCCUUUAUAACUAAAUCAAUCCCAAUAAUGACAGAUACAAAUAUGAGGAGAAAUUCCAAGUAUUUGAUUAAUCAAAAAAAUGCUUCCCUUUACGAACAUGAAGCACAAGUUGAAGAUCAAAUAAAGGCUAUAUUUUGUACACAAGAAUAUGUGGCAUACUGGAAUGGUUAUCGUAUUUCUGUUUUCAGACAUUCCACUGGAGACUGUAUAAUUCAUUUAGUCAGUUUUGCGUGUGAAUUCAAAUUUAUUGGUAUGCAUCAACAGAAUAUAUUCACAGUUGAACCUUAUAAAUUACAAGUCCGUAAUCUGGAGGGCUGUGUCAAACAACUAGUGAGCUUCAGCGAAACAGAAGGCAGUGUAAUCCUAACCUCUCAGUGUGCUAAUUAUAUGGCUUGCCUUACUGAUCACCAUAAAGUACGAGUGUUUGACUUAAGUCGAAGGGAAAUCAAAUCUACAAUAACAUCGAAAUCACUGAUUGAACUAGUUAUAUGUGAGAUAUUAAAUCAAAUCGCACGAGAUUAUAAUACAUCACCUUUUCGUUCUACGAAAAGUUUCCAACAAAAUUUGUCAUUAUUACGAAAUUCAAAAAAUAUUAUUUCGAAUGAAUUAAACAUUUCAUGGAUCUCAAUUAAUAAAUCUGGUAAUUCAUUAGCAUUUACAGUAGAAAUUCUACUCGGUGGAAAGUUAUGUCAACUUUUAUGGCCUUGCUCACUGUAUCCGUUGUCAAAGUUAUCUGGUACAAAACAUUCAACAGCUACAUUGACAGGAAUGACAGCAGAUAAAAUGAAUGAACACGUAGUAGGAGAAAACAUCAUAGUUGAUAUGCAUGAAGAUGUAUUAAAACAAUGGAUUCCAGAUCCAAAUAUUUAUAUUUAUCAUUUGGAUGUAGAUAAAUUGAAGUAUUUUAAUUUCUUUGAAACGAUUUCAAAUUCAAUCACUGUUGUUCCAGAAGCAAUGAAAAGCGGAGAAGAUUAUCACACAGUCAAUUUAGACUUGAUUCGAUUGAAUAGUACAAAACUUAUCGAAAGAAGAUGGCCAAAACAUCAUUAUUGGGAUCAGUAUGAACCACGUCUGUUAGUUGUUGAGGCCUCACCAAUCUCAGACAAUCACCCAAUUAUCACAUCCAAAAUAAAUUCACUUGAAAAAAUGGAUAACCAGUGUAAUGAUCUUGACUACACUGUAGAUAUUACUGAUAAUGAUCAGUAUUCUAGUGUAGAAAGUCGGUCGACUAGUAAACAAGUAUUCAUUACUCCAGAAAUACGCGACAGAAGUGAAGAUACGCAAUCAAAAGUUCUUACUUCAAUUGUUUCACUAUUUAUCAGUCCUGAGCAAAAUAAUACUGUGGUUCAAGGAUCAUUUUUAAUGUCAGUUCAUCAUAGCGCACUGAUUGGUGUUGAAGUACCUUUAAUAUACUUUUCUGUCCGUUGUGAUUUAGUGUUUCGUGUUAUUAACGAACAGUAUCAGCGACGUUUAGAAAUGUUUACAACGUCUGGUCGACGUGUAAUCAGUGAAGCAGACUAUACAUCAACACAACAAUCACUAAAUAGUAUUAACAGCAUUGGUUCUAGGACGGACAUGUUAUGUAUUACAGAAGAUAAAAGGCGUCAGACACAACAUCAAGGGGUCACUGAUGAGACGUUUGGUGAUCAACUAACAACUGAUAAUCGAAUACAUUACAUCAAUAGGCGUGUAAUGCAAAAUUUUGUUGGUCUUGAAGAUGCUGAUGAGAAAACACGUGAAGCUAUGCUUAAUUUUAGCUAUUAUCUAGCACUUGGUGAAAUGGACUCAGCAUUUCGAGCCAUGAAACUUAUCAAAAGUCCAGCUGUUUGGCAGAACAUGGCCAGAAUGUGUGUUACAACUUGUCGACUUGAUGUUGCGCGCAUAUGUUUAGGCAAGAUAAAUAAUCCAAUGGCAUCUAAAAUGAUACGUGAAUCUCGAUUCAGAGAGCCAGAAAUAGAAGCUCAAGCAGGUGAAUUAGCUUUGCAGCUUAGUAUGCCUGAUGAAGCUGAACGUUUAUUUAUUCAAUGCAAUCGCUGGGAUUUAGUAAUUCGUUUGCACCAGUCACUUGGCAAUUGGAGUAAGGCAGUUACAACAGCUGAACAGCAUCAUCGUAUGUCACUACGUGGUAUUCAUUAUGCUUAUGCUGAAGAAUUAGAGUCUCUGGGUAAAAUUCAAGAAGCGAUUGAAAACUACAUCAAGUCGGAAACAUAUCGGUUUGAAGUUCCAAGAAUGCUAAAAAAUAAACCAGAAUUACUGGAAUCAUUCGUAACUAGUCAAGCAGAUCAAAGCAUCAAGCGUUGGUGGGCUCAGACGCUAGAAGCUCAAGGACGUCUUGAAGAGGCUAAAAAAUGUUAUCAUGAAUCAAAGGAUUAUUUAUCUCUGGUUCGCGUACUCUGCUGUCUUGGCCAAGAAGCUGAAGCUGAAACAGUAUGUAAUGAAACUGGUGAUGCUGGUGCCUGUCAUCAUUUAGCCCGUCACUUAGAACCGAAAGGUGGCAUUGAUCAAGCUAUUCGUUUAUUUACACGAGCGAAAGCCUAUUCGAGUGCAAUAAGAAUAUGUAAGGAGCAUAAUCGUAAUGAUCAUCUGUUUAGUUUAGCUCAGUUGGGAAGACCGGAUGAUAUGCUUGAGUCGGCAAAGCAUUUAGAAAAAUAUCCUAGUUACGUAGGUAAAGCAGUUCUAUUAUAUCACAAAGCUGGAAAUAUUAAUCGAGCUGUUGAAUUGGCAUUUAGCAAACGUCAGUUCUCUGCUUUACAAAGUGUAGCCGGUUCUUUGGAUGAACGAAUUGAUCCCAUAAUGUUGAAACAGUGUUCAGAAUUUUUUAUUCAAAAUGAUCAAUUUGAUCGAGCUGUAGAAGUACUUGCAGCUGGAAAACAAUAUUGGGAUGCCCUCAAAUUGUGUGGUGACCAUAAUGUUCCUAUCUCAGAAGAGUUAGCUGAAAAACUAACACCGACAUCAGAGAAGUUGACUGAGAAAGAAAGAUGUAGCUUGUUGGUGGAACUAGGUGAAUUGUGCCUGACACAAGGAAAAUAUCAUUUAGCCUGUAAAAAGUUCACUCAAGCUGGUAGCCGUGUGUCAGCUAUGAAAUCAUUGCUACGAUCAGGUGAUACAGAAAAAGUUGUUUUCUUUGCAAAUGUUAGCAAACAGAAGGAAAUUUAUGUUAUGGCUGCCAAUUAUUUACAAACAUUGAAUGAUUGGCGGUCGAAUAUGAAUAUAAUGCGAAAUAUCGUGCAAUUUUAUACACGCGGACAUGCAUUGGAAUCAUUGGCAUCAUUUUAUGAAGCUUGUGCCCAGGGUGAAAUUGAAGAUGGUGGAAAUUAUGAAAAAGCCACUGGUGCAUUAAAUGAAGCUUAUAAGGUUUUAGUUAAAGCUUUAAAUUCAAACACGGUUAAUGAAUCUUCAGAGAGUCGCCUUAAGAAACGACUACUACAAGUUAAAAAUAAAGCUAAACUAUGCAAAGAAUUUGCUGAAACGCAGCAGUAA